AUGGGAAAAAUUUGGUUGGCGUGCUUUUUAGCCAUUAUCGGGGCUGCCUGCGUAAAUUCGCUGGCUAUUCGUACAUUGCAAUGCAAUGAGGGCAGUGGCACCCACACGCAAACCUCAGCCGACGGUUCUCAGACGCAGACGCAAACUGGACCUGGAUGUCAAACCCAAACCUCUGAGGAUGGCUCACAAAGCCAGAGUCAGAGCCAGACUGGUGAUGGCACACAAUCGCAGUCGCAGUGCAGCGGAUCUGGUUGUGCUUCCCUACCCACCCUUAACCCUCUAGAAUGGGAGCCAUUGUCGACGCUGAAACCCUUGGAAUGGCAGCCCAUGCAGACACUGCCACCUUUGGAAUGGCAGCCCAUGCAGACACUGCCUCCCUUGGAAUGGCAGCCCAUGCAGACACUGCCUCCCUUGGAAUGGCAGCCGAUGCAGACGCUGAAGCCCCUGGAAUGGCAGCCCAUGCAACCACUAAAGCCCAUAGAAUAG